UUCGACUUUGUUUUUGGGUUGAUUGUCACAAAACAGCUGGAACGCGAAGAUGAUGAUGCGUCUGGAUUCUUUGGGAGCGAAGCAAUAUCCAUCACGGCCUUCUUAGAUCUGCUCAAGCCUGAAGUCCGCCAAUUGACGGCGCUUGUCAGCAUCGAUCCGAUUUGUGAGGAUGCGGAUCUUCGAGAGAUACGUGACGACGACGCUCUCACAUACAAACGGAUCCUCGAUCGUGUCACGUACCUUGUUGGUCAGCGUACCAAGUAUAGAUUCACGUAUCAUGAUAAAUAUGAUCUCAAGGACACAACAACGACGCGCAUCCGUUAUUCCUGUGCUCAGGAUUCUUCAAGACAGAACGGAUCAAAGAAGAGCAAAAAUCUGACCGUAAAACCACGGGAUAAAGUGCAGAUGGAGACGUUCAACUGCCACGGGAUGCUCACAUUCUGGGCUGCAGAAGGGGAGAGUGAUUACUUCAUUCGGUAUCAGCAUAACGAGUCGCACAAGCAUUAUGUUUGUAUUGAUCUUCCCCCGGCCGUUCUCCAGACAAUUAAGGAUCGAGCUGACAUGCGUGGACCUCAGAUCUGGAAGGAGAUCCUCAAGACCUAUCCUGAACCAUUGUUCUCGUAUCACCAGGUGUAUAAUCACCUGCUGAAGCUGAAUUCCGGGUCCUGGAGACUCGACGAGGACGAAGAAAAAUCAGCCAGGUUUCUCAUUGAAAAGCUAUGUGCAGAGAGGCCAGAUUCGGCUGUUCUUGAGCACAUCGAAUUGCCCGACGAUCCGGACGAUGGCUACACCGCCUUCGCAUUCGGACUGCCGUCGCUGAUCAAGAAGUGGGGUGGCUGUGUAUUGGAAUUGCAGCUGGAUUCAACCUUCAAAACAAACAAGGUCGGGUAUGAAUGCUUUGCCAUUCUCGGAGAAGUUUUCGGAUCUGGCCUUCCGCUAGCGUUCCUUUUGAUCAAGUCAAACGGGAGUCCAAAACCGGGAUCCAAGGAACGCUAUCUCCAAGCACUUAUUCGGCACAUCUCUGAGACCUGGGAAGUGAAGCCCAUACAGACACUCAGCGACAAAGACAUCACUGAAAUCAAUGCAUUCUUAGCUGUCUUCCCCAAAGAAGUGAAGCACUUGCUGUGCUUUUGGCAUGGUAUCAGGGCGUUCCGUGGCCGUCUUUCGGUUACGACUCGACCACCAGCGCAUUAUCAUGCGGAUCAAGCCUUCGCAGAGUUUGACUUCAUUGACACAAACUUUCUGCCGGUAUCUCAGAUGCCUCCGCAGGACAGGGCCAAUAUCGAAGUCGCGCAGGAGAUGAUUCCUAUCGUGCAACCCCGAUUUAAUGGUGCUUUAGUCCCGCGAGCUCCAACCCGUCCAAAGAUUGUUAUCCACAUUGAUGGCCAUAUUCGCAACGUUCUCGAUCGCUUAGACACGGGAGAUCCCGAAAUGGGCAUCCCAGAUAGCAUUCUGGAUCUCCUGGAUGAUGAGGACGAGUUUGCAGAACAUCUCGGUGAACAACAUGAUCGCCUGGAGGCAGCGGAUUCUUGGCUAGAGGAGGGAGACAAGCCACUUGGGACAGUCUUCCAUACUGCUGGGACCGUUUAUAUCUUCUGCCCGGUCGUUCAUCGAGCACAACUUGUUCACCUCUUCAUUCGUCAUGUAUGUCUCCAUCCCAUGCUACCCGACAGCAAUGGUGUCUAUCUCUCUACCGAGGAGAUUCGGAGGAGCUCCGUCUAUGAAGCUUAUACAUUCUGCAAGCAACGCGGGCUUCGCGAAGUCUGGGCGUACUUGUGGGAAGCAUGGUACUGCCGCAAUAAAUGGUGUCUCUGGGCUCGUGCUUCUCACCCUGCGUUUAUUGGACGGUGGCGUACUACCAUGGCUGUCGAGAAUUUCUGGCGGAACGUCAAGAAGGGCACAUUGCUCCAUCUGACCCAUCCACGUCUCGACCAGCUUGUCUAUCUCAUUGCCAGGGAGAUUGUUCCGGCGCUUGCAGCCAAGAUGCGCAACUUUGACCCUGAAUACCGAGAUGGUCGGUCCAAGCAACACACACCAUGGCAGUCGGCAUUCAAAGCAGAAUGGAAGAAGCUUUCGAAGCGCGAACUAGGUCCACGCUGUUCCACGUACGUGACCGAUCUGUCGACAUGGAUUUGCACUUGUGGCCAACAGAAAUACAAUGCCUUCCUACUCUGCAAGCAUCUUGUGCAGGCUUUACAUCCUCCGCACCCCACAUUCUUCCGAGAGGUCUAUCGCCGACGUGUCGUGCCAUUCUAUUAUCACCCACUCCUUGUUGCAAAAGACGGCUCGACAAUACUAGUAGCGGCAUUCGAAGCGUCGGAAUUAGCCGGGGACUUCCAGGCCGAGAACAUUUUCCACGAGGAAUCCUCGACACGUUCCGCUUGGCCCCGCCGCGAAAUUUGCAAGAUCCAAGACAUGGAUUUCGAGAAGGACGCACCCAACGACAACAACGAUGUCGAUCUCCCUCGCUCUUCUUCUCCUGCUCGUUCCCAGCCCUCGAUCCACCCGGAUGAGGAGUUCAAUGACUUGGAUGAAUUGAGAGAAGCAAUUGAAGAGAAGAUUAAUGACUGGGAGCGCGGCGCCGCUAUUCUCAAAAGACAACUGACAGACAUCGAUAGCUCUCAGGUCUUCCUUCGCAGCGUCAGACAACGUAAGCUGGGCGAGGAUGUGUCCGCGAUGGUAUCGGACUAUCGUCACUCGACGGAAACAGGCCAGGUGCGACGGAAAGUCUGGGCUAUCAACGGGACUCGCGCAGAACGUCGUUACAGUAGAAACACAAUGGGAGCUAUCUAAUUGGGCAUCCUAUCUACGAACCGCGCGCGAAAACGCUUUCAAAGUCCCCAGAUCAAUGACUCAAUGGCCA